CUUGGUUUUGAAGAGUUACUUAAGGAUAUUGCUCGCAGUCUCUUGAGGGAGGUGGAUUGAGAGACGAUGGGGGUGAAGGUACAGCGUCCUCGAUGUUUCUUUGACAUAAGCAUCAACAACAUCCUAGUGGGGAGAGUUGUUGCUGAGCUGUUCUCAGAUGUGUGUCCAAAGACAUGCGAAAACUUUCGCUGCCUCUGCACAGGAGAAAAGGGAGUUGGGAAAGGUACCCAAAAACCUCUACAUUAUAAGGGGUGCCUAUUCCACAGAAUUGUAAAGGACUUCAUGAUUCAAGGAGGAGACUUCAGUGAAGGUAAUGGCAGAGGAGGGGAAUCCAUUUAUGGAGGAUUCUUUGAAGAUGAAAGUUUCUCAGUCAAGCACAACAAGGAAUACCUUCUGUCUAUGGCAAACCGAGGCAAAGAUACAAAUGGGUCACAGUUUUUCAUAACAACCAAACCUACUCCUCACCUGGAUGGUGUCCAUGUGGUUUUUGGUCAAGUGGUCUCUGGCCAGGAAGUAAUUAAGACCAUUGAAAGUCAGAAGACUGAUGCCAGCAGUAGGCCAUAUGCUGAAGUCAAGGUUCUCAACUGUGGAGAGCUAAUUCCAAAAUCUAAAGCAAAAAAGGAGAAGAGGCGCAAGUCAUCCACCUCCCCCUCCAGUGAGUCAGAUUCUUCAGCUGACUCCUCCAGUUCUGAUGGAGAAUUUAAGAAGGAAUCCAAGAAGUGCAAAAGGAAGCACAAGAAAGAGUCCAAGAAGAAAAGGAGUGAUAGAAAACAUAAUAAAGAUGAAAAGGGCUCUCAGGAUGAUGACAGUGGGGAGGAGAAGGGAGAGGCCCAUCUUGUGUCCACUGUGCGGCCCGAGGAGAUUCCUCCCAUUCCUGAGAACAGGUUCCUUAUGAGGCGAAGUCCCCAGCAGCAGCAAAAAUCUGAAACUGGACCGGAAAAGGAAAAGGAGAAACUGAGGGAGAGCACCUUAGUUAACUCUCAGCAGUCAUCAUAUCAAAGAAGAUUGUUGGUCACACGUUCUGGCAGGAAGAUAAAAGGAAGAGGACCAAGACGCUACAGGACUCCAUCACGCUCCAGGUCCAGGUCAAGGGACCGUUUCUGGCGCAGUGAGACUCCUCCACACUGGCGCCAAGAGAUGCAGAGGGCUCAGAAGACGAGAGCCCCAUGUGGAGAGCGCUGGAUCAAAGGAGACCAGAGUGAUUUAAAGGAGACAAAGAAUGAAAUGGCCAAGUCCUCAAGAGGAAGAGAGUGGAAGGCCUCUGAGAGGAAAUGGGAAGUCUCAGAUGGCCCUCGUCUAAGCCAGGACAAAGAAAAAAGGAGCCACCUCCACCGGUCCAAGAGCAAAGAGAGGGAUGACCAGAAGGCUGACAAGGACAACAAACAUGACAAAUACAAAGCCAAGAAAAAGGACAAAUCCCGCAGCCGCAGCAGGAGCAAAGGAAAGGGUUACAAGUCACGCAGCAGAGAGAAGGAUCAGAAGUAUAGCAAGGCUGAGGAAAAAACUGAUGUCUCGAAGAGCAAGUAUCGAAACCUCGGGAAAGAGACCUCUGAACUGGGGACAAAGGUCAGGGAGACGAGCAUAGAAAGGACCAAGACCACAGAGUCUGAGGGAAAGGAGAAGGAAAGGAAGGGCAGAAAUGGGGAACAGUCAAGGGACAAGUCCAGGAGUAUGGAGAGGGGGUCCAAAAAGGUCCAACAGAAGUGGUCCAGCAGCAGAAGCAGGGAGAGGGGCAGGCAGAGCUUAUCCCGGGAUAGAGACCGAGAGCGGGAGCAGGGCCUUCGUCACUGGGACAGGGAAAACCGGAAGAGAGGGAGGUCCAAGAGCCAGAAUAGGAAAAGUCCACCCAAGGGCAAGAGUAGAGAUGCCAGGAAAGGCAGGAGAUCCAGAAGCAUGAGUGGUAGUGAUCGAGACGACAAGCAAAAUAAGGACAGCUCCUCUCGCAUGAAGAGGAGCCGAGCUGAUAAGGAGGAGACCUGCGGAAGGAAGAUGUCCAAGAGCUGCAGUAGCAGCAGGAGCCACAGCUCUGAGAGUGGUGCAGAGCACAGGGGCAGGAAUAAGGGCAGUCAAAGUGCCAGCCCCAGUUUGAGGAAAACAGACAGUAGCAGAGAUGGGGAACACUCUCAAAAGGUCAAGGAGAAGAGGUUGUCUGCCUGUCAGGAGAAGAGUCAAAAGUCAAAGAGCCAGGAAAGAGAGAGAAUUCAGAGCAAGGAAAAGAAUGUUGACUCAAGCCCAAGUACAGAUUAGAUGGUUUAAUGGUUUGAAUGUUGCUUAACGUCUCUUGACCCAUGGUAUGACCUGCAACCUCUGGACUUUGCAGUAGAAUUUUCUCAGGCGGCCAAGUUUGAAACCUCUUUUUAAGAAGUGUCAUCAGUCAAAAAUAAUUGGCAGCCAUAUUUAUACAACUGAAAUUUUAUUCAAACUUUAGAAUGAUGGUUUUCGGCACCUUGUAUGACCCUUAGGAUUGAUGUACCUUUUUUUCUUUUCUUUUUAUUUUUCUUUUUAUUGCUCUAGCUUAAAUAUGAGUUUUAGAAAUGUAUAGCUCCUUAAGGUAAGCUUCUGAAAUUCUGACUCAUGCAUUUCCUUGUUGUGGUGAUCAUUGUCUGACCUGAAAUGCAACACCUUUUUCUCCCGUCAUUUUAAGCAUAAUAACAGUUGGCGUGGAUCUGCUUUUUUCUUUGAUCAUACCUGAUGCAGUCCAAACUUCAGAGGCCAUGUGUAAUGCUGCCGGGAAAAAGGCAUCACCACUGAUAGCGAUUUAGUUUGAUAAGAUGACCAGUCAGCAGCAAGGUCUUACAGACAGGAACACAUCACAUGAUCACGUGUGCUGCACGACCUUGCUGCUGAUUUGGCAGUCUUAUCAAUACCCGAUAGAUGCCAGUGGUGAUGUUUUUUUUUUUGUUUUUUUUCCAGAAGCAUUUCAUGUGUCCUCUGAAGUAUAAUUAAAGAAAAACAAAAAGAUAAACCACUUGGUGGCAGUGAUCUUUAUUACACUCAAGAAACUUAUUGAGCAGAUGAUUCAAAAUAUUUAAAUGUUCAUUUCAUUGAAUGAGAGUUUUUGAUUUAAAGGUUUAAAGCUGCACAAUUGUGAUAUUUGUGACUCAGAUUUCAAAGCUUGAAGCAACAUCAGCCUUACAUUUAAUGCUAUAUACUCGGCACAGUCCACUGGUUGCCAGUUGGCAUACUUAUGUGGCAAGUUGGAUGGAAGCGAGAAUUGUAUUGUUCUGGAACUAGUUUUAGUUCACAUGUAAGGUAUGAACAGAAAGAAGUAUUCUUUUGAUUCAGAUUUUUUCCUGAAGUUCUUGGAUUUGAACUGCAAUGAUUUCUUUUUAUUUGUUUAUGGGCAAGAAAAUAUAAUUGUAAGGACGGAUAUGUGUAGGUUAGAAAUUUUAUUGUCCUUUUGUUUACAUUCAUUUUGCAACGGAGUUUAAAAGAGCAUGCCAAAUUUGGACCACUUUUCCCUUGUGGAAUUCCUAUGUCGGCAAAAGAGAAUCACAUUCAGGAAAAUCCAUCUUUGGAAUUUGGUGUGCUGUGGACCAUUUAAUUAGGAAAAUUAUACAUAUGUAUAAAUGUUCAGUGACUGAAAUUUAAAAUCUGUUUCACAAACUGGAUAAGUACAGACAUGGUAAAGAGGUUUGCACCAGGUGUCGGUGCCAGACUGGGAGGUUUGAGUAUCUCAGAAGCUGCUGAUCUCCUUAGAUUUUUCCAAACAACAGUCUCUAGUAUGAUGUCAACAGUGUUAAAAGUAACUCAAAGGAAAAUAUAUUUUUUUAAUUUCUUUUUUGUUUUAAUUAUUAUAAUUCUUUUUUUAAUUCUUCAACUUUUCAGGUGUUGACUUCAGUAUGUGUGGUUGUUUAAGUUAGUUAACAGUUAGCUAAGCUGGGGGUAGUAACUAUUCAUCUAUGCAUAUGUUUGCUUGCACCUAUUGGGAUUGAACAGGUGUUGCUAACACUCGCUAGCUAAUAGCUUGCAAGCUAAUUUACAACCAACAAGUCCACUACCUAUAACAUUUGUAAGCUGCCCUCAGAAACAUUGUCCAUUGUACUGGAAUGGCUACACAGAGGGCUUACUCGCUAUCCAGCCUAGUACCUUACUAGGCUAGCUAUGUACAAGGUGGAUAUUUACUGCUUUGCUGGCGAACAAAUGCAUACAUACCUACGCAUUAGACAAAUGGUCAACUAUCAAAGUAGUCAACCACAAUAUUAAAGUCAUUUACUGUUACUAUGAUGUUUAAUACAUACAGUUGGCAAUGCGUCAUAGGUAGGUAGGCAGAGCCUUGCGAGGGGAAAAUCAAGUGUUGUGUCUGCCAUUGUUCUGAAUAGGGUCCCAACUUAGAUCCUUGCUAUUUUAGUUUAUCAACAAAUAAAAAUGUCAGCAAAUUGCAUUUCAUUGUUAUAUUUGAAAACAAGCUGAUGUAUUUUGCCAAAAUGUGGGACUUGAGUGCUGGCCUAAUGUGGCUACAGAGUGGGCAAAUUAUUUAACUAUUAAUAAUAGUUUAAAUUAUAAAAUUAGAUAACUCAGUCACCUGAUAAAUCACUACCGGACAUCCAUCUGUUCCUGGUCGCCCAAGGAACCAUGGCACCUGUCCUAGCCAUGAAAAGCCGCACAGCAACUUUCUAGCAUUUAAAAAUUUAUUUUCUUUUAAUGUCCAGAUUUCGUUCCAGAUUCCUAAUUUAAAGACUACUACUGGCCGCUUGAUGGUUCCUAUAGAAACUACACCACAGGCAGGUGCUGGCCAAUGUCACACGAGCAUGGACUGCAUAGACACGCCUUUUCUAAUCCCACCCCCACAGUGUCAGCGUCAAAUGGCAUUCAAAAGAAAACUAAUAAUGCUAACAAAAUUGAAGAAUAAUUUACAAUACGUAGUUUCGAACUUUAAACGGUCAAGACAGGAAUUGCUGUAACAAACACCAUCAAACACUGCUUAUCCCUCCCCCUUCUCUGUGAACGUGCGGACGUUGGCCGUUGGCUGUGACAAUUGGAACCAAUUUUCAGCUAAUGGAGUUUGUACCAAAACAAAUCAUAGCAGUACAAUAAUUCAGAGUGUUGGUCCGUCAACUGCAUAUAUUGAAACCAGAAUUUACAGACUAGACACAAGCAGAGGGCCUUUUUCAAUGAUGGGAAGAGAUUUACAACGGUCUUGUAACAAUGUUUUAACACAUCUUUCCUAUUGUACCUUUAAGGUUUUUUGUUUUUAUUAUACUUUUUUGAGUUAUACUUUUGAUACCAUUUUCACUUAAUUAUCUAGAGUUUACAGAGAACGGUGCUGCUGUAGCCCAACCUCUUCCAGGUUUGGCAUGUUGUGUGUUCAGAGAUGCUCUUCUGCGUACCACUGUUGUGGCUAUUUGCAUUCCUGUUGGCUUUGACCAGUCUAGCCCUUCUCUGACCCCUCUCAUUAACAAGGUGUUUUUGCCCGCAGAACUGCUUCUCACUGGAUGUUCUGUUUUGCACCGUUCCCUGCAAACCCUAGAGACUUUUGCAUGAAUCCCAGGAGAUCAGCAGUCUCUGAGAUGCUCUAACUAACCUGACACCAACAAUAAUUCCAGUCAAUUUAGUUACUUCCACAUGACGGCUGAUUAAAUAUGUGUCUUAACAAGCUGGUGUACAGGUCUACAUCAUAAAGUGCUCGCUCACUGAGUGUUUAAACACAGUGCAGUCAGUAAGAAUUUGGGUAGUGAUACAAUUUCUGUUCUUUUGACCCUGUACUCCAGCACAUUGGAUUUGAAAUGAAACGAAUAUGAUGUCAUUGUCACCUUUAAUUUGAGGGUAUUUAUAGCCAUAUCGGGUGAUCCGUGUAGGAAUUUACGUCAUUUUUUAUGCAUAAUUAAAAUAAUUCCAAGUAUUUUAAUUGACAGUAGGCUUCUCAGCAGUUUCUGAUUAGUGAAGUGUAUUCAAACGCUUCCAUAGUGGAGGUAUAAGAGAUUUCAGUACGUUGGCUUUUGAUUGUAUUUGGAGUGUUACUAGCAUUUGUCAACAGAAGGACAGUGACAAUGAUAGACAUGGAAGCGAUUAUGAGGCUGAGAAAUGAUUAAACAAUCUGAGACAUAGGCCAAACACUAUGCUUACCAAAAUUUCUUAUUUCUCUGCCUCAUGAUGGCUUCCUUGACGUUCAUUGGCACAACAAACUGCAAUAACAGACUCCAAAGGCAAUCAAAAGCCUUUGAUGUAAAUACUAUCAAAAAAAAAAAAAGAAAAAGGUGACAACCUGCACGUUAACCACAUAUUCAUAGUUUCAUUUCUAAUCCAUUGAUCUUUCGUACAGAAACAAAAUAAAUGCAAUAUAUACAGUGCUUGAAUAGGAAUUGUUUGAAAAAGAAUUAUAAAGUUCAUGUAAAUAUGCAGUCCUAGCUUUAUUUAGAAAGAUUAUCAAACUAUACUCCAGUUGUGUGAGCUGUUAUUAAAUAAAUAUCUAAAUGCACCUCA